GUUUGUGUACUACGGCGGCCUCAUCCGGUGUCCGUCUUUCUCGUUCUACCGGACGCCGGCGCUUCAGUGUCUGCUUACUCUGCUCGCCAAUGAUUUGAGCGAAUUAGGGUUGCGACGGUGGGUUCAUGAUGGUUGGGAGGAGGAAGCCUCUUGUGCUCUCUUCCACCAAAUCUCUUGUCAACUCGGUGCUAAUUUCAUCGCGGUUGGGGGAGAGCGACCGUGAGAAUAUUUCCGGUGAGGAGGCGCUGUCGCAGUUGAAGUUACGUGCCGGAAUUUUAAGGUUUUCCGGGAACAAAAAGGAAGCUUUGGAUCCAAAGCUAGCUUCUUUUGAUGAUUCUGCUUUGGUGGGGCUCUCUACUUCUGUGUUGAAAAGACUAAACAGUGAGACAAACUUGAAGAGAGUUGCGCAGGUUGUUGUUUUAGAUCCCCCCAGUAGCCUAGUAGAUUUAUCUCAAACUACAGACUCCAUUUCCUGCUCUCCAAAUGUAAUGCUUGUAUUUCCUUCAUACAGUUUUCCUCAAAAUGGCUGCCUAUUGCUAGAUCAUAAAGUUGCAUUUCUAUCUCCUCUUUUGGCAUUUAACCUUAACUUGCAUGUAUCAUGCUUGAAAUCCCUGGUCCAUCGAGGCAAAGAGAGUUUAUCAUCCAUCUUUGAAGCUAAAUUGGAUGAGACUACUUGUUGGGAAAACAAUGACUCUUCUAUAAUUGGUUUAGUGUUGGAACCUUUGUGUCGACUGCCAAGAUAUGCCUCACACUUGAGGGUAUCUUUUGUUAAGAUACCAGAAUGUGGUACCCUUGAAUCUUUAAGAGGAACUUCAUCCAUUGAAGUUGAAGAUCGUCAAGCAAUGAUUGAUUUGGCAUUACACAAGUACUUUCAAGUUGAUAGGUAUCUGGCAAGAGGUGAUGUUUUCAGCAUUUCCAUAAAUUGGAACUGCAAAUCCAUCCUUUGCAUUCCUUGCAACCGGGGAUUGGAAAAUAAAUGUGAUGAUUCCAUCUAUUUCAAGGUUGUGGCUAUAGAACCAUCAGAUGAUGUAGUUCUUCGAGUACAUAAUGCUCAAACUGCCCUUGUUCUAGGAGGAAGUGUUCCAUCUGCUGUUCCCCCUGAUCUGUUGCUUUCUGGAACAAAAGGUUUUUCACCUCUACAAGGGGACACAGUGAAGAUUUUAGCCUCCAUACUAACACCACCAAUAUGUCCAUCAGCACUUUCUUCAAAAUUCAGAGUUGCUGUUUUACUGUACGGUUUGGCAGGGUGUGGAAAGAGGACAGUUGUUAAAUACAUUUGCCAGCGCCUGGGCCUGCAUUUGGUAGAAUUUAGUUGUCAUAAUCUAAUGGCAUCUUCUGAAAAAAAGACCUCUGCUGCACUGGCUGAAGCAUUCAACAUGGCCCAAAGAUACUCACCAUCUAUACUUCUCCUUCGCCAUUUUGAUGUUUUCCGAAAUUUGGAGUCUCACGAGGGUGCUUCGAGUGAUCAAGUUGGCCUCUUCUAUGAAAUCGCAGCAGUCAUCAGAGAGUUUACUAAGCCAAUUUCUGAGGAUGAAGACAAUUUUACUGAAGAAAAACCUGAUGGUGACUUUUAUGUGAAGGAUGCUGGGAACAUAGGCAGGCACCAGGUGCUGUUAGUUGCAGCUGCUGACAGUUCUGAAGGUCUACCACCGUCUGUUAGGCGUUGCUUCAGCCAUGAAGUAAGCAUGGGUCCCUUGACCGAAGAACAAAGAGCUGAAAUGCUGUCCCAGUCUCUGAAAGGUGUUUCUGAAGUCCUCUUUGAUGCUAGCUCAGAGGAUGUUUUAAAGGACAUGGUUGCACAGACAUCUGGCUUCACUCCUAGAGAUUUGCAAGCUUUAAUUGCUGAUGCUGCUGUGAACUUAAUCCCUCGGAAUGAUUUUCAAGUUGACAAAGCUGAAUCCAUGGAGUCCAAUGGUUCUCUUAGAGUCAAAGCAAUGCAGAGUAAUGAUCCGUGUAAAGCUGCAUCUCAGAUUAUGGGGAGAGAAGACUUGGUUAAAGCAUUAGAGCAAUCAAAAAGGAGGAAUGCAUCAGCACUAGGUGCUCCAAAGGUUCCUAAUGUGAAAUGGGAAGAUGUUGGUGGGCUAGAGGAUGUAAAGAAAGCAAUUUUGGAUACUGUCCAGCUGCCUCUCCUGCAUAAGGAUUUGUUUUCAUCUGGGUUGCGCAAGCGUUCGGGUGUACUUCUGUAUGGUCCUCCUGGAACUGGAAAGACUUUGUUGGCAAAAGCAGUCGCAACAGAGUGUUCCUUAAAUUUUCUUAGUGUAAAAGGGCCUGAACUCAUUAACAUGUAUAUAGGAGAGUCUGAGAAAAAUGUUCGAGACAUUUUCCAGAAGGCCAGAUCUGCACGGCCAUGUGUCAUUUUCUUUGAUGAACUUGAUUCUCUUGCACCAGCUAGGGGUGCUGCAGGAGAUUCUGGGGGUGUAAUGGAUAGGGUGGUUUCUCAGAUGCUGGCAGAGAUUGAUGGCCUCAAUGAUUCCACACAGGACCUAUUCAUUAUCGGAGCAAGCAAUAGACCAGAUCUUAUUGACACAGCACUUCUAAGGCCUGGUCGGUUUGACAAACUGCUAUAUGUUGGAGUUAACUCUGAUGCAUCUUACAGGGAGAGGGUCCUUAAAGCACAAACAAGAAAGUUUAAAUUGCAUGAAGAUGUAUCACUUUAUUCAAUAGCAAAAAGAUGCCCUCCCAACUUCACUGGUGCUGAUAUGUAUGCCUUAUGUGCUGAUGCUUGGUUUCAUGCAGCAAAGCGUAAGGCUUUGAAUUCAGAUUCUGAUUCUGAUUCUUCUUCCACAUAUCAAGCUGAUUCCGUUGUUGUCGAGCAAGAUGAUUUUGUAAAGGUCUUAGGAGAAUUAUCACCCUCUCUUUCUAUGGCAGAGCUUAAAAAGUAUGAGCUGCUGCGAGACCAGUACGAGGGAUCUUGAAUUGAAUUUGUGAGCAACUGAGCUAAAAUUUAGCACACAAAAAAAAAUAAAAAAAUAAAAAAAAAUAAAAAACCUAAAUUAUACAGGUUUGGAGUAAUGUAACAGUAACACUAGGAAUUCUGUAUAAUUCUUUUUGUUAACAGGGUAUAAUGUUAAAUAAAAUUGGCUUAUUGUU